AUGGACGCGGACUUUAUCCCACUCGAGGGCACACUGGUGCCGACCCCCAAGAAGGAGCGCGCACCCAGAGAGCCCAAGGCCAACACCACGCUCUUCGUCUCAUCGCUCCCUUACAAUGCCACCUCGACCGAUCUCGUGACGCACUUCUCGUUCGUUGGGCCGGUGCGCCAUGGCUUCGUCGCGACGGACCGCGAGAGCGGCAAGUCCAAGGGUGUGGGAUAUGUCACAUACGCGAUGAAGGAGGACGCCGAGCGGGCUGUCACCGAGCUCGACGGGAGCGAGUUUGGCGCCAAGGGACGCAAGAUCCGCGUGUCGUGGGCCGACAAGAAGCCGGGGAAGGAGAUGACGGACGUGCGUCCGGCGAAGAAGGCUCGCGUGGCUGCUGGUGAGGAGGGGGAGGACACCGACCCCAACGCUAUCCGCACGAUCGUCCUCACCGGCCUACCGGCCGAUAUCACCAAGGCUGUCCUCUGGAAGAAGGUGCGCAAGGUGCACUCGGGCAUCGAGCUCGCUUUCCCCGUUGAGGGCGAGGACGCAACGGCACACCUCGUCUUCCCUACCCAUGGCGAGGCGGUCAAGGGCAUCCCCAAGUUGCAUGGACACACGUAUAAGGGCGCGCUCCUCUCUGCUGUUCUCAAGAAGCGCCUUGCUGUGCUGAGCAGCAAGGGCGAGGGCAAGGCGCCCAGCCAUGCUGGCCGUCUUAUCGUGCGCAACCUCGCAUGGGAGACGACCGAAGCCGAUCUGCGCGCGACCUUCCUCCCCUUCGGACCUAUCCAGGCGAUUGACUUGCCGACUCUGCCGUCCAAGCUCCCCACCGAGCCCGGAAAGCCCGCCCCUCCCCCGCGUGCGCGAGGAUUCGCCUUUGUGUGGUUUAUGGCGCGCAAGGACGCGGAGAAGGCCAUGGCUGCAGUGAACGGCAAGCCGAUCAAGGCUGCGCCUAAUGCAGCGGUGGCCAAGGGCAAGCAGGGGCGGUUGGCCAAGAAGGGUGAGGUCGGCGAUGGACGGCCGGUCGCGGUCGACUGGGCUAUGAGCAAGGAGAAGUUUGAGGGCGCCAAGAAGCAGGAUGUGAAGGCUGAUGAGGGGAGCGAGGAGGAGAGUGGCAGCAGCAGCGACUCGGACUCUGACUCCAGCGACAGCGGGAGUGACGACAGCGAGAGUGACGACGAGGAGGAAGUCGACGCCCAGGUCGACGCAGACAUCGACAUGGAGGACGCCAGCGGCGACUCAAGCAGUGACGACAGCGACGACAGCGACGACAGCGAUGAGGGGAGCGAUGAGGAAGAUGAGGACGAGGACGAGGGGCCCGUCAAGCCCAAGCUGCCGGAUACCGACGUUGGGAGCACGCUCUUCCUCCGCAAUGUGCCAUACGAGGCGACAGAGCAGGAGGUCGGCUCUCUUUUCCAGUCGUUCGGGCCCAUUCGCUAUGCCAAAGUGACGAUCGACCACGCGACCGGGCGCACGCGCGGAACAGGCUUCGUGUGCUUCUGGAACAAGGAGCAUGCUGAUGCGGCUAUCGCCGAGGCUGACCGCGUCGCAUUCGAGACGGGCACCGCCGCGCCGGGCAAGGCUGGGGGCGAGCGCAAGAACCCCUUCGCUCUCCCAUCCGUUCUGACGGCUGACCCUUCCUCUUCGCUGGCGUCGCGUCUCGUGCUGCACGGGCGUACGCUCAAUGUCUCUCGCGCCGUCACGCGCGAGACGGCGGGCCACCUCGCAGAGGACAACCAGCGCGCGCGUGAGAAGGGCGACAAGCGAAACACGUACCUUAUGCGUGAAGGUGUCGUCUUUCCGAACUCGCCUGCCGCUGCCGCCCUUCCCCCGAGUGAGGUCGAGAAGCGCCAAGCCGCGUUCAACACGCGUAAGACACUCCUCCGCUCGAACCCCUCACUGUACAUCUCCAAGACGCGUCUGAGUAUCCGCCAGCUUCCUCUCUUCGUGACCGACCGCGGGUUGAAGCGCCUGGGCAUCCACGCAGUGCGCGCAUUCGAUGACGAGGUCAAGGCGGGCACGCGCGAGGGCUUGACGAGGAUUGAACAGGACGACGACACGCUCUCGGCCGCCCUCGAGGGACGGACCAAGAAGAAGGGAGAGCGCCCGACGUCUGUUGUGCAGUCCAAGAUUGUGCGACAGAACGAGAAGGUCGACCCUCUCACAGGCCGCGGACGGAGCAAGGGCUACGGUUUCCUCGAGCUCCGCUCCCACCGGGAAGCGCUCAAGGUGCUUCGGUGGGCGAACAACAACGAGGCGGUCGGCCCGCUCCUGUUGGAGUGGUGGAACGCCGAGAUAGCCGACAUUCGCGAGCAUGCGCGCAAGGAGCUCGAGGCGGUUAAGGGGGGUAAGGAGGGCAAGGAGACCAAGGAGGAGCUUGAGUCGCGCCUGAAGAAGCUCGACGGACGGGUCGGCGAGGGCGACGAGCGCAACGGCGGUGGCAUGCGUGGCGGCAAGACGCUGAUGAUCGAGUUCUCGGUCGAGAACGUUCAGGUCGUGCGGCGGCGAGUGGAGAAGGUCUCUGGCCCGCGUGAGCGCCAGGAAGGGGGCCGCGACAAGGGCAAGCGCAAGGCCGACGACGACGAGGAGCGCGACGCCAAGCGGCCACGCCGCGACUCGAAGCCCGACAAGAGCCGACGCGACAGUCGAGGAAGGGAGGAGAAGGGCGGCAAGAAGAGCGAGGGCGGCAAGCCUGAAUCCAAGCCCAGGGCUGAGAAGGCGGACGAGCCGCGUGGUAUUGAGAAGCUCGGCUCGCACCUCGGCAGCCUGAUUGGGCGGAAGCGCAAGCAGCGCAAGGGGGGCAAGUGA